CAGAAGCACAGCGUUGACUUUCCUGUUCUCUCGCUCAUCGCACGGGAUAUUCUGGCGAUCCCUGGUGUUAGUGUGGCGGUUGAGCGUUUGUUCUCGCAUUGCCGCCAAACGAUGACGGAAUUGCGCUCUUCCAUGGCGUCGGAAACAGCUGCCAAGGCCGUUGUCUCAAAGGAUUUGCUGAAGGAGGGUGUCGGAAAAGAGUUGGAUUAUCUUGACGGACAUGGUAUUUGGAACGAAUAG